AUGAAGCAGGAAGGAGAGAUGUUUGUUGUUGCUUGCAGACCCAUGGCUGGUGUGUCGCCUGUAUCAGCCAAUUCUCAAUCGCAACAACCAUUCCCAACACCUUCACCAUUCUCUUUCUCAGAUGCCCCUGCACGAUUGAGCACUAGACCUCCCAUUUACCUUUCCAAUCUCAUCCUUCGAUUCUUGGCACUUGUGUUCUCCUUCGUCUCUGCACUUUCCCUGGCUGCUUCAUCAUCCAAGAAGGAUAGCCCACGUCCUUCUAGCUUCGCUGACUACUCAGAAUUGCUGUACUGCUUCAUUGCAUCUGUUUUGGUGUUCGUUUAUUCUGCUUUCCAACUCUUCAAAGGUAUUUGUGACAUUGCACAAAGAGGCAUCCUCAUCUCAGACAUGUUCUCGGACUACAUGAGCUUCAUUCUUGAUCAAGUGGCAGGCUAUCUUCUGAUCUCUUCUAGUUCGGUAGCAAUACUGGCCAUCCAACAGAUUGAUAAAACUGCAUCGAUCUUGAAGGCGGUCAUCAUUUCCACAGUCGUGUCGUUUGUGACUUUCCUUGUCAUUGUGAUAUGCACUCUGUUAUCAGGCUACAGGCUAUGCAAGAGAAUCAUCUGGUGACGCAUCUCGUUCCUGCUUAAAAUCCUAGCUUUCUUUCUGAACCACAACAAAUCAUCUCCGAUUUAGCAUGUAAAAGAAAAGGAAUCCCCUUUAUGGGCAUGCCCGGUGUAAAAUCAUGCUCUGCUGCUUCUUCAAUCAUAUGAAAUACAAUCAUUUUCCUUCC